AUGCGGUUUCUUCAGACCUUACUGGAACUCUUUUUGAAAUUACCUCUGAAAUCAUAUCAGAAUUUAUCUAUACUGAUCCAUACCAAGGACAUUCUUGGAUUCUUCUUUGUAGUCGUGCAUGUACCGGUGCAUGUAGUCGUGCAUGUACAAGUGGAUUACUUGCGCCUACUUCUUCUACUAUAUAUCUUCUUACUAGGAUUUAUAAUGGAUAUGCUAUAUAUGAAUUGUGUUUGCAUAUUAAAAGCUUGCUUCAAACAAAUCAACGAUAAUCUGAUGAAUCUACGAGAACUCGUGACAAAUGGUAAGCCAUAUGUCUUGAGCGAUACCUGUCACGAGGAGAGAAAUCCAUUCCUACUGAUGGAAAUCAUAGCUUUGAAGAAGCAGCACCUGGCAAUCAGCGACGCAGUACAGAUGCUAAAAAUGGUUUUCAGUUUACAAAUUCUUUCUACGACAGUUAUGACUUUCACUCAAGUCACCUUCAAUCUGUACUUUUACUUAAUGCAAAUAAAAGCGGAUGCGUCUAUGAGCAAUCAGGAACGACAGUUUUAUUACCUGUAUUUUAUUACAAUUGCAAUAUAUUACCUUAUAAAAAUAGUGUUGAUAGUAUGGGCUUGCGAGACCGGCAAGACUCAAGCCGUAGAGAUCAGGAGUACCGUUCAUGACGUGUUCAACAGCAUCAGCAAUAAGCAAAUAAAAUACGAGGUAGAUUUAAACAAUUUACAACAUCAGUGGCAUAUUUUAUAUAUUUUUCUAAUUAUGUCCCGCGUAUACUAA